UUAAAAAAAGAUUUAGUGGGUGGCCAGAUCUGAUUGUCAAGCUGGACAUUUAUCAUUUCAUGAGGCGGCUGGCAUCUGGGUGUACAAAUGAAGCACAUCCUUUGUACAAAACCUUUAUGGCUAAAUUGUCAUGCUGCAUUUUUGAGUGGGACAGCAGUGAUGUUGCCUUGCUGCGGGAAGCCAAAAGGGAGCAGCUGAAGAAGGAAGGUGUCCCUGGUAUCACUCAAAAGCUAGUGGACGAGCACAUUACCAAGGAUGAGCUGUCUCUGCACUGCAGAAGGCGGACAAGAGGAGAGCAGCAGACCUUCAUGUUGAUUGAACUUCUCCUUAAUGAGCUGAAGGGAGUUAAGGGCAGCGAUUUACUUGGUGUCCCUCUCUUUGACUGGGAGAGAAUGGAGCACAUUUGGAGAGUCCAGAAAAGGCAUGUGAAGUGUAUUCAGGACGAACCAGGUGUGCUCCUGUACACUGAGACAGGAUGCACCAACAAAGGAGGCAUUAUCCUGCCAAACUACCGGUGUGCCAGGGGAUCCACAUCACUAGAGUCCUUCCAUUGCCAUGUCAACAGAUUCAUUCCAGGAACAAGUGCAAACAGUCUGAAUUUUCAGCUGUACCUCCUGGAAGGAAUCCAUAGAUAGAAUCAAGACCGUGAAGCUGCUUCCCUGGCAGUAAAGCCUCCAUCUCUGCUGAGUUACUCAGGAGACCUUGUGCACUGUGCCAACACUCACAGUGUCAAAGUGCUUGGAAAGAAGCUUGUCCCUUCUUUUCAACCACCUGGCGUGUACACUGGGGAACUAAUAGGUAUAGAAUACCUAAACUGGCAGACGGGACAGGCCAUGCAGGACCAGGAUCCUGAUGCAGAGCAGACUAAUCAGAUGCUGGAGGAUGUAGGCUCUGAGGAGGAGUUGCAGGAUGAGGGAUUUGAAGAUGGUGGUGUGGAUCCUACUAUUGAGCUCAUGGAAUUCACAGCCUCAUCCUCUGUCCCAUCAGCUGCCACUACCACCUCAACCUGCAUUAAUGAAACACCGACCUCUCCCCAGGCUGCUGUCUCAACUGUUGCCGCUACUAGUCCUCGUCUGCCUGCAACAGAUGCCAGUUUAGCAACACCUGGGAAACAGCUGACUAACACUGAGAGUGCAGGACCCUCUGCUCCAUCUGCACUGCCCAGUAGCUCUGCCCCACUGCUCCAUAUACCAGUCAGCCAUACAGCAACUCUUCCAUCCACUCCAACAGUUGCGGUGUUGGCAAGAUCACCAUCAGUACCUCAACAACAGCUGGCUGUGGAUGAGCACUGUGUCCCAGGGAUGGACCUAGUGGACAGCCUGGCAGAGUACUUGGUGGGACUGAGGACCGAAAGUGGAUUAACACUUAACAACCAGCAGGCCAGCACCAUCAUAGAGCUCUGGCAAGACCUUUUGCCGUAUGACAAGCAGCGCGUGGCAUACGCUGCUCGGCACCAGGUGCGGCUGACCACCGGACGCUUUAGACGUCCCAAAGCAAAGGGAGAAUUUACACCAGGUGUGGAGAGCAUGACACGAUGUGUACUAGGAUCCACAGGAUCACCUGCCCAGUGGCCAGACUGUUGUCGCCUAGUAGAGGCCAUCUUUGUUAGACUCUGUGGAGUUCACAAGAGCCCCAAAAAACAAAAAAACACUUGUUCACUGACAAGAUGGACAUUAAUUCUUAGGGACUACAAAAAUAUCAGGCAGCUGGUUCUGGGUAAUGGCUUGAUCAUGCAGAGCACUACCCUGCAGCUUCCUGACGUUAAUCAAACAACACUCAUUCAGUGGCAUAACAAGCGACUGAAGCGGCAGGAUUUUGGGAUUCUGCUGCAGGGGGUGAACUUGCCUCCGUCAAUUCCUGUAGCUCCUGUGCCUCUCCCACCUGUGCGGACACGUCCUACUGCUGCAACCCCACAGCCCGGCCCUCAACAUCAGUACCACUUGCCUGUAAGUACAGUGGGUCAGGCAGUGGUCAAGAGAAAGUCUGCAGCUGGACCACACCCCUGUGCUCCACAAUCUGUUCGACCAAGGCUACAAGCGCAAAGGCAGUUGUUUCCUCAGCCGCCUCCUCCACCUUCAUGCGUCCCCAUAACCAUUGCCCUGAACCCCACCCCUGCCAAUAACCCCUUUGUAUUUUUGACUCCACAAAUCCCUGCACUGAGGUCAAUUGCUCCUGUUCCGAGAGCUUAUAAUCGAAGUGUUAAAAAAAAUUAA